GUAAAUAAUAUCAAUUACAACAACACCGAGUAACAAGAUAUCACCAACAACAACAACAGUAACGGAAAAUUGUCAAUAAAUAAGCAGCGCAGCAGCCGCAUUCAUUCAUACAGCAUUUACUCAGUGAAAAAGAUUAAAUGGCCGCAACACAACAAAAUCAUCGGAAUGGUCCGGUUGCCGAUGAACCAGCAGCCUCCGACAGUUUGGUAGCCAAGUCGAAUAAUCAUCAACAGGACAACAAGGACCAGCAAUUCGAAGAUGUGGACAAUUCAACGGCAGCAGUUGUUGUACCACCGGACAGUGGCUGGGCUUGGGUUGUUAUGGUGGCCUCCUUCCUCUGCUGUACCAUCAUUGAUGGUAUUGUCUUCUGUUCCGGCUUCAUCCAAGACGACCUGAUAAAGGAGUUUAAUGUGAGCAAAUUCUACGUCUCCUUUGUGUCGUCGCUGCUGAGUGGUUGCUAUCUGAUGGCUGGUCCAUUUGUAAGUGCAAUGGCCAAUCGUUUUGGUUUCCGUCCCGUAACAAUCGCUGGUGCUCUCUUUGCAGCCGUCUGCUUUGUGGCCUCCAGUUAUGUCCAAAGCAUUGAAUUGUUGAUGUUCGUCUAUGGUGUCCUGGGUGGCAUUGGGUUCUGUAUGGUCUACAUACCUGCCGUUGUCAUCAUUGGUUUCUAUUUCGAGAAAUGGAGAGCCUUGGCCACUGGUAUUGCCAUGUGUGGUUCCGGUGUCGGCACCUUCGUCUUUGCCCCUCUCUCCAGCUACUUGCUGAAGAACUACGACUGGAGAACUAUGUUACAAGUCCAAGGUCUAAUCAUUGUGGCCUGUGCCAUCAUUGGCAUUGCCUUCCGUCCCAUCCAACCGCUCACCUUGGCCGUCACCGACAACGGUGUCGAAGAGGACAACAAAAACAAGGCCAAUGGCCAUGGCAACUCUGUGGCACCCAAACCCCAAUUUGCCACCACCGCCUUCAGCAAACCCCUGCCCGAGGGUCGCUUCGCCUAUUCCAUGCCCAACUCUGCCCACAACACCUACAUGGGUGCCUCACCCAAACAUCACUAUCCCACCGCAGCCGAAGUCUUCAAGGGUGCCAAUUUGGAACGCCGUCUGUCAGGUGCCUCCGGCGGCAAGGGUACUGAGCUGAAGAACAUGCGCAAAUCGCAACCCACCACACCCAACGGCGAACCCCAACAAAUGACCUUCAAUCUGCACAAGGAGCUCACCACCGUCGGCGAAAAUGAAGAAGACACCGAAAAUGAGAAUUUGUUGGUCACCGAAGCCAAACCCACAAUUGUCCAAGGCCGCCGCCACACAGUUUCCGGCAGACGUCCCCAAAACAUUGGCAGUCGCAGCAAUGUCGGUUCCCAGGAUGGUGUCAACACCACUGUCACCCGCCCUAUGUAUCGUGAUGAUGCUUUCUUCACCGGUUCCCUGACACGCAUCCCUCAAUAUCAAUCCCAAUCCUCGUUGGCCUAUCACAUGUCCGUCACCCGUCUGCCCACCAAACAAGAUCAAUUGGAAGAGCGUGAAAGUGGUUGCCAUCUCUGCCCUGAAGCUGUACGCCGUACCCUCUCCACAAUGUUGGAUGUUACUCUGCUAAAAUCGCCAUCUUUCAUGUGUUUGGCAUUCUCCGGUUUCCUUACCAUGAUGGGUUUCUUUGUACCCUUCACUUUCCUGAAGCCACGUGCCGUUGAAGGUGGUAUGGAUGAUAGUGCCGCUUUGCAAGUGGUCUCCGCCAUUGGUUAUUUCAAUACAAUUGCUAGGAUAUUCUGUGGUUCGAUCACAUCCUUCCCCAGUGUCAAGCCAUUGUGGUUGAACAACAUCGCCAUCACAGCUGGUGGUAUUGCUACCAUUUGCAGUGGUUUCUACAUUUCCACCGGUACCCAAUGGACAUUUGCUGUGUUGUUCGGUUUCUGUAUUGCCUGCUUCUCGGCGUUGAGAUCAUUGAUUGCCGUCGAAAUGAUUGGUUUGGAAAAGUUGACGAAUGCCUUCGGUUUCCUUAUGUUGUUCCAGGGUAUUGCUGCAACAAUUGGUAGCCCUAUUGCAGGUGCCCUCUACGAUGCCACUAAGGAUUACAAUGCCUGUUUCUAUUUUGCUGGUGGUCUCAUCCUGCUAUCGGCCUUCCUGUGCUAUCCAUUGCCCGCGGUGGCCAGAUGGGAGAAUAAACGUAACGAAAAGAAGAAUGCACUGCCUCAAGCUUAAUGAUC